CGUUCCUGGUUUAUGAAGACCUUUGUUAAGGUUGUUAUAUUACGAGGAGUACUUGAACACAGCACGAGAUCCAGGCAACUGUCAUGGCGUCUCCCUUGAAGGGGGUUUGGUACUGGAGAAAGUAGCCGCUGUCAUUUAUCAGUUUUCUCCUGUGUGCGGAGCACCUAACGCCGACUGAAGAGGCUUUUAGGAGCGGAUAGUUACAAUGGGGACUGUCCAUGCUAAGAGUCUGGAUCCUCUCCCGAUGCAUGGCCGGGACUUGGGCGUCAACCCUGAUGACUUGAUGGAGCCUCCAGAACCGGAGCAGGAGUCUAAGCAGGAGAUCCUCGAAAACAAAGAUGUGGUGGUCCAACAUGUUAACAUCCAGGGUCUUGGAAGAACUAAAGAGGAUCUGCUCGGCUAUGAGAUCUCUGAGGUUUUCCACGCCAAAAACCUCAUUGAUGUGAUGAAAAAGUCUCACAUCGCCAGACAGAGGCUGCUCCGCCUGGGAGUCUUCAAAGAGGUGGAGGUCCUUAUCGAUACGUCUGAAGGUUCCGAUGCUCUUCCCAACGGUCUGGAUGUAACGUUUGAGGUGACGGAGGUAAAGAGGCUGACAGGAAGCUACAACACCAUGGUUGGCAACAAUGAAGGAAGCAUGGUGCUGGGUCUGAAGUUGCCCAACAUGUUCGGUCGAGCUGAGAAACUCACCUUCCAGUUCUCCUAUGGGACCAAGGAGACGUCCUAUGGCCUGUCCUUCUUCAAGCCCCAGCCCGGACACUUUGAACGCAACCUCACACUCAACAUGUACAAAGUCACCGGUCAGUUCCCAUGGAGCUCCUUGAAAGAGACCGACAGAGGCGUUUCUGCAGAAUUAAAUUUUCCUCUCGGGAUGACCAACCACACGUUGAAGUGGGAGGGUGUGUGGAGGGAGCUGGGCUGCCUGGCACGCAGUGCGUCCUUCGCCGUGCGAGAGGAGAGCGGACACUCGCUGAAAUCUGCCCUCUCGCACACUCUGUCCAUCGAUUCAAGGAAUUCUGCCAUUUUCCCCAGCAGGGGUGCCUUAUUCCGGCUCAACCAGGAACUGGCUGGCUACACAGGAGGAGACGCCAGCUUCUUGAAAGAGGAUUUUGAGCUGCAGCUCAACAAGCGGCUCUUCUGGGACUCGGUCUUGUCUGCUUCUCUGUGGGGUGGGAUGCUUUGUCCAAUCGGAGGACAGCCGUCCUGCAUCGCCGACAGGUUCUACCUCGGAGGUCCCACCAGUGUUCGAGGAUUUGGGAUGUACAGCAUCGGACCACAGAGUGAAGGUGACUACCUGGGUGGAGAGGCGUACUGGGCCGGGGGUCUGCACCUCUACACCCCACUGCCCUUCAGACCGGGCAAGGGCGGCUUUGGAGACCUUUUCAGAACGCACUUCUUCCUCAACGCCGGCAAUCUCUGCAACCUCAACUAUGGCGAAGGUCCGCGGGCACACCUUCAGAAGCUAGCCGAGUGUAUUCGCUGGUCGUACGGAGCGGGCAUCGUGCUGCGACUCGGCAACAUCGCCAGACUGGAGCUCAACUACUGUGUGCCCAUGGGAGUUCAGAGUGGAGACAGGAUAUGUGACGGUGUCCAGUUCGGAGCAGGAAUACGCUUCCUGUGACCUAAUCGCUCCAGGCUGUGAUGUGAAAAGGAAGAAUGUCUUGUCGUUUGUCACCUGUAACCUGUUGUGAAGUGUGCAACACUAGCAUGGGCCCUAUGUCCCGGGGAACCCCCCACCCCCCUCAAAACCCUCCUUUGAUAUGUCACGGCUUUUGAACAACAAAGUGCCAGUGCUGAGCCAUAAAACUACUGGAACGUUUUUACAGUA